UUGGGGUUCCGCACGGGCCUCUGCACGAGGUGGCAGCGAAAUGGAGGCCUUGGCUUCCACCGCGCCGUCCAGCUCAACCGCCACCUCAGCUGCGACUCCAGCGACUCCGGCCGUGCUGGAGCAACUGGACAAAGAACAGAUUAAAAAGGCAGUGGACGCUCUGUUGGCACAUUCCAAGUCCAGGAAAAACGCGAAUGGAUUGCUUUUGAAUGAGAAUGAAAAUUUCUUUUUAAUGGUGGUAUUAUGGAAAAUUCCAAGUAAAGAACUGAGGGUCAAAUUGGCCUUGCCUCAUGGUAUUCGAUCAGAUUUAGCAGAUAUCUGUUUAUUUACCAAGGACGAACCCAAUGUAACUCCUGAAAAGACAGAACGUUUUUAUAAGAAGCUUUUGAACAAGCAUGGAAUUAAAACCAUUUCUCAGAUUAUCCCCUUCCGCACUUUAAAAAAGGAAUAUAAGGCCUAUGAAGCCAAGCUCCGCCUCUUGGGCAGUUUUGACCUCUUCCUUACUGAUGCGAGAAUCAGGCGGCUUCUACCCUCCCACCUCGGCAGACAUUUCUAUAACAGGAAGAAAGUUCCGAUACCUGUAAACCUUCUGGCCAAGAAUUUAUCCAGAGAGAUCAAUGAAUCUAUAGGUGGAACUGUCCUGAACAUCUCGAAAAGUGGUUCUUGCAGUACUAUACGCAUCGGUCACACUGGAAUGCAGGUUCAGCACAUCAUGGAGAACGUUGUUGCUGUCGCGAAACGGCUUUCACAGAAAUUGCCCGAGAAGUGGGAGAGUGUGAAACUCUUGUACGUGAAAACUGAGAAAUCGGUCGCCCUUCCCAUCUUCUCUUCGUUUGUCAGCAGUCAAGAUGACGCCAAAGGAGUACGCACUCCUAGUCAGAAGAAAAAAGAAGCAAAGAAAAAACAAAGACAAAAAGAAUAUCUCGACAAACGAAGGGAGAACAAAAGAAAGAAGAGGCUCUUAAAAUUGGCGGAAAAAAAGGCUAAACCUGCCCCAGCUGCAAGGCAGGCGGCCCCUACGACCAAUGGUGCUCCAGCGAAGGGCCCCGCACCCUGGAAGGCAGGGACCCCAGCACGCAAGAAGAAACAGACCAGCGGAGGAAAAGCCCAAGUUAAAGUGCAAGACGAAUCCGAGGAGGAAAUCCCAGUGUUGGUACCUCUGGGGGAAACUCCAGCGAAAGAAAACGUGGAGAUACAAAAAUAUGCCACAGUAAAGAAGUCUCCAAAAAAGAGUCCUGGCCCCAGCACAGCUCAUGGGAAGAAGAGAAAGGCCUUCCCAGCCUUGGAGACCCCGAAAGCUGCAGAGCCCGAGACCCCAGGUAAAGGCCCAGGGAAGAAGCCAAGAAUCAAAGAAGAGGUGGAGAAAGAAAGAAACUCUUCAUUGGGGAAGAAAGACCCAAGACCGACUCCCAAAAAGCCAGAGGCCAAGUUCUUCACUACUGCUGGUAAAUCUGCCAGAAAAGCUGCCCACACCCCCAAACAGUGGCCCAAGAAACCCAGGGUGCCCCAGUCUACCUAGAGUCGGUGACUCCUCCAGAAGGAAGCGGCGGAGGUACUGAAGAGCUUUUUGACUACCGUUGCAGUCUUCUCCAGGAGUGAGGCCUAGACUUAAAUAUUUUUAAAACCUCCACCAGUAAUUCUGAUAUAUGUUCGUGAGUGUAAGAACCAGUAGUUUGAAGUAAAUCCGUUUUUUUUUAUUCCUCUUCUGUGUAUUUACUAAUGUAAUAGAGGGAAAAUACCGUGCUUCUCUGUGGUUGUGUUUUUUAUUAUUAAAGUGUAACCUUUGCUUCUGAGUGU